CCUCGCAAUCUCUCCCUCUCUCUCUCUCUCGCUGACCCAGUCACAGGCUGACUGCCUGAUGUCUCGCGCCAACCAUCUGCCAUUGAUAUCCCCGGCACUCAAUUCCAUGGCCAGCUAAAAUGCCCUUGUCUCGUCUGGCCACGCCCCGCAGGAAGAAGCGCGAUGCCUCCGACUCCGUCGACUUCUUGAAUGGCAUCAUGCGGACCCAGCCCAGUCAGACCCAACAGCUCUCGACUCCGCAUCCCCGCAGACGCACCCUCCCUGCGAGGACUCGCCCCGCUGAAGAAAUCUCCCACUCCCCCACUGCAGACUUCCCGGACACUCGAUCGUCAUCGCCAAUUUCGUCGCAAAUCCCUCCGACGGAAGCGCCUUCCCAGUGGUUCCAUGAGUCGGAGCCGGGAGCUCCCGGUGUCAGAUUGCCACGGUUGCGCCGCCAUAAGAGUCCGUUGCUUCAGUAUGGUGUCGGAGAGAAGUCCCCCUCCGCGGACGAGAUAUAUGACGAAGGAGCCGAUGAGCAAUUGGAUGAGGAAGCUAGUGAACGAUCCGAGGAGGAAGCCGAUGAGGAAGCCGACGAACAAUCCGAGCAAAGUUUGGUUGAAGAAGUGGAGGAACAGUCCGAGGAACAAUCUGAUGAGGAAGUUGACCAGGAAGCCGUUGAACAACCCGACCAGGAAGCCGACGAGCAAGCCGACGCCCAUAUAGACGAUCCCGGGACCCCCAGAAAGAGUCACCAAGGCCCUCUCAGCGUGGAAGGUCUCCGAUCAGACGUUGACUUCUCCAGUGAUAACGAGCUCACUCCUGGCCAGCGGCCGGCUACCAGGAAGUCCACAACCUCACAAGGCCAGGAUGUCGCUGAAACCAAUGAGGAACUCGGCGAGGACGAGUGGGUCGACGCUGCGGAGAUACAGAGUGCAACGGAGACCACGGCGCCUGAUGGCGCUGCCCCUGCGGACACGGUUUGGGUCGUGAUUGAGAGCGGGCCUGCAUCCACCUCGACCACCCCUCCGAGUAAGCCUCAGCCUACGGAGACUUCAGCUACGAAAAGGAUUACCCAGCCCACGACUACAUCCCCGGAACAUGACCAGACUAGGGCCACGGCUACACCAGAGCUAGACGAGCCCAGUGAGACCUCCGCGACUCCAACUGCACCCCCCUCGACACAGUCCAGAGCCCUCAGUGACACUGCAGCAAGACCAGACCGCCCUAGCUCUCCCGCCCCUGUGGCCGAGGCACCGCCUAGCUCGACGGCUGCAGUGGCUCAAGUCUCCCCUACAAAUAAACACACACGCAAGAGGCGCCAUACACAAUCCAAACAUCAUGCAACAACGGAUGAAGUAGAAUCGGAGCCCAGGCGGAGAAAGCGUGCAGCCCCCCAGCCCAGCUCCCCAGCCUCCGAGGAUGCUUACCAGCCUUCUCACCAGGGCUCCGAUGCGGCGCCCGACACCACCGAGGAGAUCGUCCAUGAAGUCGAGCUGGACGAGAGCCCGUGGUUCCUCCAAGCAUCGAAACACGACGGCCAGACGGAAAACUGGAAGACGCUCACCUCGACUGCGCGCCAGCUGCGAGACCGGGCUACUACCUCCCACAUUGCCGAUUUUGGACAGGUCACGGGCGAGAUCUCCUCUUGCGCCGAGCUCCUCCGGAGCAUCUGCCGCGGCCUCCAGGAUGGGGUUGGACCAUCGGAUAACGACGUGCUCAGCUAUGGCACCGGCCUCGAAGCCAUCAAGGAGCAUGGAGACGCCUGUCUGGAUGAGGUCGCCCGGCUGUCGAGAAGGGAGCGGUUGGAAGGGGGCCAGCCCCGGAAGGCGACACGACAAGUGAAAGACUUCGAGAGGCAUGUCCUACCGCCGCUGGUGGAGCUCAUUCUCAUCAGCCUCCAGGCCUACGAGACGGACAGUUCCCUCUUCCCAGAGGCGUAUGACUGCCUGGAUCGGACGAUGAAGGUCCUGCUCCAGCUGUGCGUCCGGGUGGGCCGACAGGUACAGGGCAAGUAUGUGGCCUCCGGGGCUAGCAGCUCGAAGCUCCAACAGCCCCUGAAGAAACUCCGCAAAUCCCUGGCAGACGAUGGCUGGGGCGGCAGUUAUUACUCCCACCGACCGCAGCCCCCGCCUCCCCCAACCCGGGGCUCCACGAGUUCUGCCUCGAAGGCGGGCGCGCGAGGGUGGACGGAGGAGCAAGAGUGGACAGAUGAUCAAAUGCAGGCUCUGAUCCAAGGGCUGCAGGAGUUCCAAGGUCGGUCAAUCCCAACCCUCCAGCUGAUGGCCAUACUCAUUCCCACAGGUGCCAAUCGAUACUACCAGAUCUGGAGCCACUACGGCAAGCGACUGGGCCGGCGGCAGGUGCGGGAGGUGCGCGAGGAAAGCGAGCAGCUGUAUGACCGGCUCCUGCCCCAGAUGUCGCGAGACGAACUAGCGUCGCAUGAAUGGUGGCUACCGAAGAUACAGCGAUAAGUAGUAGGAGGGAGAGGUGAAGUGUGAUACUGUGAAACUGUGAUCCCCAUGAUUUGUUGUUGUUGGUUUCGGUAUACUCUGGAGGGCUGGGGAGGAACCAUGGAUCGGAGUGGCUCGGGGGACGCGAACCAGUGGACAGGAAGGGACGGGCCCGGGGAAUGUUUUUGUCUGGUAAUGAGCGCAAUCAAUAAUCAGGGGAGUACUCCGGUGUGCCAGGACUAGUGAAUUGUAGUGCUGGGGGAACACGGUGACCUCCUGACCGGGGAAGAGCGGCCUCAGGCGAAUCAGGACUGCUGGCCGGCCCUUCCGCCUUUUGGCUCUCCC